UGAAGCCAUUCUUUUCUGCACAUUGCGUUAGGGAUCGUAUUUACCGGUAUUGAGAUAAGAAUUUGUUAUUAUAUUUUGAAAUGAAUUCUUUAAGAGGCUUUGUAACAAGUACUUCUGUUAUUUCCCGUCUUCUCCAGGGAAAAACCUGCAAUAUAAGUGUGCGAUUCUUAUAUAAUGAACAGUUUCUGGGUCUCGAUAAAUAUAUUGAAGGAAGACAGAGGACUAUCAGUCGAAUAGGAAACAUGAGAGAAAAUUUCUAUAAUCGAAUGAGAGCUCAGUUGAAUACUUCUCUGCAGUCCAUGAUUUUCACUGAAGAUCUGAAGACUGUCAUUCACUCUGCUGAAGACAAACCUGAAGACCUUGAGCUUACAGUACAAAUGAUGAAAAGGUUUCAUAAACAAAAUAAAGAAUUACGCUUUGGAACAUUUAUAUUUGGACCAGUCGCAAUGCGUCUUUUCUAUUAUCUCAAAAAGCAGGACACGAUGUGUGAAUUUUUCAAGGAUCCUGAAUUGGAUGGCUUUUUUGAUCAACUGAAGUCUUACCUGUUGUGCAUGGAUUUGUGCUUCAAAAAUGGAGAAUAUGACCAAAUUUUGCAUUUCUUUAAAGAUUUGCAAUCUAAGCAAAUUGCAGAAACAAAAUUUCCUCGAGAAGCUGUGGUUCUAACAGUUGGAGCAUGUUAUAAAUUAAAUACGCCAGAAACCUUCCAGCUGGCAACAGAUAUAGUCACACAAGCCCGAGAGGCAAAAGUUCCAAUUAUUCGAAAGGCUUUAUCAUUUGUUGUAGCAUUAGCUUUGAAUCAGGGAAGAGCUGAUGUGGCCCUAGAAAUAUUGUCUAGUAUAGAUAGAUACAAUAACAUCACUGGAAAUAACUUGAAAUUGAUGGCAUUAGCAGGGUUAGACCGAAUAAAUGAUGCUUUUGACAUUUUGCGUCGGGUUACAGAUCAAGAUUCUCCUGUUCAGACUAGAAUUCGAGGAGAAAUUUGCCAGAGCACUUUGGAUGCAUUGCAACAGUCAGUUGAUAAAUUAAAUGACAAAGAGACUAGCCAUAUAUUUGAACAACUGUGCAGAUCAUUAAAAGAGAGUAAUUUGGUGACAAGUCAGACAAUUGACGAUCUUGUGUGUCUACCAAUUGAACCUCGACAAUUUUUAAGAGAUGAUGGCUUUGCUUUUCGACCAAGGAAUCGUUUUCCAGACCAACAGUUCAGACCAAGAGAAAGUAUUGAAAGAGACAGUGAUUUUCCUGUAAGGCGUCGGCAGUUUGCAGGCAUUUCUGAUGACUACUAAUUAGUAUAAUAAUAAAUGAAAAAAAUAGUCUGUUCCAAGUGCAUUGUAAUAUAACAUUAUUACAUUAAACUAAAUUUUAGAUGAAUCAUUAAAUUUGUUUCUGAAUCCA